UUAUUGCUCAUUGUUAUUUAAACGAAUAAUCAUCGCCGUUUGUUAAGUGCGUCUGUCGUCUUCUUUGAUUUUUCUUGUGUGUGCUGUGGAAAAAAUAUUAAAGGAAAAUAAAAGCAAGAAAAAACUAUUUGGAAUUUAUUAAAAACGCAAAAAAAACUUAUAAAUUAUUUUAAGCAGAAUUUUAUGCUAAAUUAAAGCAGAAAACAUAUAAAAUUGCAGAAAAUUUUACGUCCUCUUGAAACUAAGAUAUUUUUUGCUGUAGUAAUUUUUAUAAAAGCAAAGCAAAUAGAAAUAAAGUGAAAAUAUAUACUGCGAAUUAGAUUUUGUUGGUCAAAAUGUUUCAUAAUAAAUUAAUUACUUUGGCCGUAUUAUCAACGGCCUGCUUGCUAACAGCCGCUCAAAUGAGUGUUAAUUUAAGUGGAGCUGUACCACCCUCAACAGUUGUACCUAUUUUGCCUAUUAAGGAGGAUACUACUACAACAACUAGCACUACAACCACCACCACUACUACUACCACAGCUGUUCCUACCACCACUACAACAACAGCAAAAACCACUACAACAACACCAACAACUACGACAACAGAAAAAACCACUACAACAACAACUGUAGCACCCACAACUACUACAGCUGCUCCCAUAACGACCACAACACCAUCUCCCAAACCUUAUCCAGAACCAGAAAUUGGAACCUGGAACUCCAGUUGUGUAAUGGUACGAAUGGCAGCACAAUUGAAUUUCACUUACGACACCAAAGAUAACAAAACAGCUCAAGCUUUGUACAACAUCCCUAAGGAUUCCAAAGUUGAAGAUAUGAGCUGUGACAUGAAUUCGACACAAUUUUUACAGGUCAAUUGGGGACCAAUCACUGCUCAACACACUAUGGUUUUGCAAUUCGAUCGUUAUAAUGGCACCACCAACAUGACCAUGAUGAUGUUUACUCUACCCUUGAUGGGUGACAAUUUUCCAAAUGCUAAAGAAAAUCAAACCAUACAAUUGAUCUACCGUGGUGGUAUUUUCACAGCCCCCUCCAAAAUGUCCUAUCACUGUACUCGUCCUCAGGUCUUCAAUUUAACCGAAACCAUUAUGAAUAAAGAAGUUUUGGGCACCAUUAAGGUUCAUGAUGUUCAAACUGAAGCUUUCCGUACCUCUAAUGAUACUGGCUUUUCUACUGCACGCGACUGUGACAGUUCGGAAACUCCCGAUGUGGUGCCCAUUGCUGUUGGCAUUGCUUUGGUAGCUUUAAUUAUUAUAGUAUUGGUCUCUUAUCUGUGUGCUCGCCAUCGUUCCACUUCUCGUGGCUAUAUGAGCUUCUAAAUUCACCGAAGAGAGAAAGAAGAGAGAGAGGGAGAGUGCGUAAAAACCUCGCUCUUAAAUAUUUUAAAUUUAUUACACAUUUUGAAAUUCAAUUAGUAAACUGUUUUAGUUAUAAAAAAUGAAAGGUUUUCUUUAAAUGUUUUAAGUUUUUUUUUAAAUUUCUUUUUUUAUUUAAAACACAAGACUAAAUAAUUGGCUUUUUACUAAAAGCUUAAAAAGGGAUAAAUGAUUAAUAUACAAGGAAACCAAGUUUUUAAAUUUAAAUCACAUUUUAAAAUUGAAUUAAGAAAAGGCAGCCUUUUAAUAAACCUAAAUUAAAGCUGUCUUAAGUAUUUUAUGUAACUACAACAA